GCCUCUCUUAGUCUCUCCCACCUGUCCGCCGCCUCUCUCUUUCCCCUUCUCCCCGAUCCAGAUCCAACCCAAGCGCCCCGUCCUCCGCUGCCGCCCCGUCCCCUGCCACAGCCACGACAUCACAGUCGUGCGCCACCCACCUCCGCUCGCUCGCGUCCCUGCUCGCGCUGCUCCCCGACGGAGCCUCUUCUCCUUGCUGCACGCAGUCUCAUCCAGCCCCCCCUCGCCGCACAAUGGCCGCCGCGCCGGCGGCGUGCCCCUUCCCCACGCUCCCCUCGCCCUCCUCCUCCCUUAGCAGGUCCACGCGCCGUCUUCACGUCCGCGCGGGCCUGCCGCCAGUGGCGACCGCCUCGCCGCGCGAGCAGCAGAGCGCCAGGGAAGCGGCGGGCGCCAGGGAGAGGAGGCGGCAGCGGGAGGAGGAGAAGGCCGAGGCCGAUGCGGAGGAUCUCGAGCGGCAGAGGAAGGAGAAGGGGAACCAUCAUCCUCCGACGCUCUCCAUCAUCCUCCGGCGCGAGGCCACCAAGGUCGUCCUCGACAAGCGCGAGCCCGGCAAGGGCACCCGCCUCCUCCUCCCUCGAACCAUCCUCGAGGUCCUCCACGACCGUGUCGUCGCGCUCCGCUGGGAGUCCGCCUUCAAGGUGUUCGAGCUAAUGCGGGACCAGGUGUUCCGAAGUGUGCAUCGUCCGCGCCCCUCGCCCAGAUCUGCUUGCUGCGUGUGCAUCCAAGUGAAGAAGGAGGAGGAGUUCAGCACUGGGCCCCUGUCCCUGCUCCUGAUGAGUGUCAAGAACAAUACUCACCAGAGGACAAGGGCUUCAUGGCCAAUCAAGGCGCAUGGUGCUCGCAAGCGACGAAAGGAGGUUGUUCGACAUAGGCACGGAGGAGGAGGAUGGGCACGGACGGAGGAGGACAGAGCACCUCUCUUCUUCCAAGUUAGUGAGCAGCAUCAGGAGGAGGAGCUCAAACACGACCACCAAGAGGCACCACCGCAGCAGCAGAUGAGUCUGUCGAUGAAGCGACAACGUCUCCUCUAGAGGGUGACGAUGGUGGCGGCGCGUGUGUGCGGCUUCGACUACAACCUCCUCUCCGGAGCUCCAGGCCUAAGAAAGUUGGAAAGCGCGAAGACGUGAAGAAAAGCGCGAAGACGUGAAGAAAAGCGCGAAGCCGUGAAGUGCUACUCAGCAAAGAGUAGUCUAUUCUAUUUGACUAUAAUAUUGUAAUAGCUGGUAUACCUAGGUUGUAAUAGUCUACAGAAAUUGUAGUACACUAAUCUAGUGUCAUUUGACGAGUUUCACAUGUUCUCUUGUUUGGAAUAUUUGAUUAUGAAUGUGAUUUGAUUGUGUGUGAGA